UGCGGGUCCGAAAAGGUUUCUCGAUAUUCAAUUUCGUCUUCUACGUGAAGACAUGUUGCGUCCAUUACGCGAUGGUCUUUACAACUUUGUGGCAGGUUUAAGCGACAACGAACAGCAAAUGGCGAAGCUAAUAAAUAAAAGCGGAAGAUUCAAAUAUGACAAAGGGAAGAUUAACGGAGACUUGAACGUUUAUUCAAAUGUCAGAUUUAAAAAUAUUAAAGUGGACAAAAAUAGAGGAUUUUCGGUUCGAGUGGGAUUCAAACCACCGAAAGCUGGAAAGUCCAAUAAGCAAAGGAAAAUAUAUUGGGAAAGGUCGAAAAAGUUGCUGAAUGGAAGUUUAAUUUGUGUAUUAUGGGCUCCUAACCUUGACGAGGAUAAGAGUGUCAAGAAUUCAACGAAUGGUUAUACUCUUUAUUUUGGAGUUAUUACUGAUAGACAAGAAAACUCACUAGCAGCAAAUGAAAAUGAAGCGACAAUCGGCGUCCAUUUUAUGGAUACUUCAAUCUAUCCGAUUGUUCUGGAAGAUAUAAACCGUACGCCAGACGUGAGAUCUAAAACUCCCGAUAGAUUUAUGGUAGAAUCUACGGGUGUCUAUUUUGAAUCGUAUGUACACAUAUUGAAGGCUCUCCAAGACCUCAACCCAGGGGCACUACCGUUUUCUCGACAUCUUGCACCAGUUACAGAAGAAGAUUUGUCGGCUGACAUCGAGCCGCCAUUAUAUGCACGUGCACCAGGUUUCAGAUUUGAUCUGUCGAUUUUACUUGGCAAGAAUGAAAAUUUUAUGCUAGAUCCGACGGACGAGCUUUCGCAGGACCGAGCCAUAAAAAAAUUAACUGAAGCAAAUGUACUGGAUAGAAGUCAGGCUGAAGCAUUGGUUUGCUCCUUGUGCAGAGAAGUUGCAUUAAUUGAAGGUCCACCUGGCACCGGAAAGACAUAUGUUGGGGUAGAGUUGAUGAAAGUGCUAUUGGAUAGCAAAAAUCGGAAAAGGGCGGCUAUUGGACCAGUGCUGACUAUUUGCUUUACCAAUCAUGCUCUGGAUCAGUUCCUUGAGCAUCUUCUGCAUGCCGGCAUAAAAAAGAUUGUUCGUUUAGGAAGCCGAUCAAAGUCAGAAGAAAUCAAACCGUUUGCUCUGGAGGAGCAAUGUCGCAAUCAAGGCAAGACGGUUGAACAGAGCCGCAUGUUGCGUGCGGCAUACAAGGAAUUAGACCGGUUGUCCGCCGAAGCAAAAGAGUUGACGGGGCAAUUGUCCCGAAAGACAAUAAACUGGAAUGCAACAGCAUUAUUCCUUUUAACAAACUAUCCUUCGAUUUAUGAACAAUUGUGUGAGGACCAUGCGGAUGCGAAUAAUGAGGAGGACGAGUUCGAAGGUGAAUGGGAGACCGUCAGUGGUGGAAGGGGCCAUGAGGAUCGAUUUUCUCAAUGGGUUCAUGGUUCCGAUCUCAAGCAAAUUAUGAACGACUUACGGAACAAGGAAAAAGGAAAACAAAAACAAAGGGAGCCGCAACUUUUAUCAACCCACAAUCAAUAUGACUACUUGCAGGAUAUGGAAGAAAUGCAAGAUCAAGAAACGAAAUUAAUUUAUGGAGAAGAUGCAAAUCAGGAAAUUCAUAAAGAUCUUAUGCCUGCGGAAAGAAUAAACGAAGAAGAUGCAAAUCAGGAAAUUCAUAAAGAUCUUAUGCCUGCGGAAAGAAUAAACGAAGAAGAUGCAAAUCAGGAAAUUCAUAAAGAUCUUAUGCCUGCAGAAAGAAUAAACGACGAUGGUAUUCAAGUUUGGAAACAGCAGGAUUUGGAAAUCCCUAAAACGGAUAGAGACUUGGAGAUUCUGCUUCAAGAGCAGAAUGUAUGGAAAAUGAGUAUGAAUGAGAGAAUAAAAUUACAUAAUCAUUGGAGAGAACUUAUUCACAAAGACGUUAUACAGCGGUUGGCGGAUUUAGAAAAAAAGUACACUGAAAAAAGAAAGGAAAUUGAUGAUAUUCGUGAUGGAGUUCGUAAAAAAAUACUGUCAUCAACUCAUGUUAUUGGUAUGACAACUAAUGGGGCGGCGAAAUUUCAAUCAUUAAUACGUUCAGUAGGUCCACGUAUUAUUGUAUGCGAAGAAGCAGGCGAAGUUUUAGAGGCUCACAUUCUUGCGCCUUUGAAAGAAACGCAACACCUCAUUCUCAUCGGAGAUCAUUUGCAGCUAAGACCACACAUUACAACAUAUGAACUCAGUCUAGACUCUAAUGUCGGUAAAAAGUUUGCACUUGAUCGAUCGAUGUUCGAACGUUUGGUCAAUGACAAAAAACCAAUGGUCCAACUAUUGACCCAACGGCGAAUGCGCAGUGAGAUAGCUGAUCUAGUGAGAGAGACUCUGUAUCCUAAUCUUAUAGAUCAUGCAUGUACAGCAGCAUAUCCUCGUGUGCGUGGAACCACGCAUAAUUUAUUUUUAUUCGAUCACAAAAAUCCAGAAGAUGCUGCUGGCAGUAAUCAGUUUGCCGUACAAUCGCACUCAAGCUCAUUUGAAGUAAAGAUGGUUGUUGAAAUGGUCAAAUAUUUUGUUAGAAAUGGCUACGAUAAAAACGGUGAUGUUGCCGUAUUAACACCUUAUUUAGGCCAGAUGAUUCAAAUAAGAGAUGCGUUGAGUCAACAAUUCGUAGUCGUCAUUGAUGAAAGAGAUGGUGAACAAAUAGCUAUGAUGACUGAGGACAACGAAAGUAAAGAGGAUGAAUCAUCGUCCGUGUCAAUAGCCGUGGCGUCAAACAAAUCACUAGCUAAACAAGUAACCUUACGUACCAUUGACAACUUUCAAGGCGAAGAAGCCACGAUAGUUAUUAUAUCUCUUGUCAGGAAUGUGAAUCAAGCCAAUGGCAGUGGUUCUAUAGGCUUUUUGAAAUCUGAGAAUCGUACGAAUGUAUUGUUAUCCCGUGCAAAACACGGGAUGUUUCUACUAGGAAAUGCUAAUCUCCUGGCUGAGAGAGCGCAGCAGGAUAAGACAACAAUGUGGCCUACCGUAAUCGACAUACUCAGGGAAAAGGGACAACUAGGCAAUGCUUUCCCAUUACAAUGCAAUCGGCAUCCCAAUACUCUCAGCUUUGUCGAGAGACCUGAACAGUUUUCAGAAUUUGCUCCCGACGGUGGAUGUCAAGAGCCAUGUGGUUUUACGCUGAAAUGCGGCCACGUAUGCCAAUACAAGUGCCAUUCUGAUGAUCCGGAUCAUCUUGGUAUCAAGUGUGGGAAACCAUGUCAGAGAUUACACGAACCAUGUCAACAUACUUGUCCCAAGCUAUGUGGGGAUACAUGUGGAAAUUGUGUCAUGACAAUAAAUAAUGUCGGAUUACCAUGCGGGCAUGUAAAAAACAAGGCUCCAUGUUACCAAACACAUGAUCCAACAGAAAUCAAAUGUAAUGAGCUUAUUGAUUGUAUUCUUCCCCGGUGUGGUCAUGAGCAAAAGAGGCAUUGCUUUGAAGCGACAAAAGACGUUCUAUGCACUCAACAAUGUGGAAUUCUGUUACCUUGUGGUCAUUUUUGCUUGUCAAAUUGCGAAGAUUGUCAGCGCAGGUCUAUUCGUGCAUCAUCUGCGGAAGAGGCUUUAUUGGAUGGAGAAAGUCAUGUGAUAAGGUCUAGUCACGCGCCCUGCAAGCAGAUGUGUGAACGCAAUUUAUACUGCGAACAUCGAUGCGAGAUAAAAAAUGCUCUGAACCAUGCAAUGUCUGUGCAGAACCAUGCUAUUGGCAGUGCGAACAUCAGAAAAAGU